AUGGAUCAGCCCCAUUCCAAAGCCUACAACCGUGAUUCCACAGUGGGAUUUGGGGAUCGAGAUGGGCUUGACCCCAAGACGUACACCAGGCUGGGCUACUAUAUGCUCUCUGUCAUUGUCAGAGAAUCCUGGGCCAGGACAGAUGCGAUCAUCUUCUCCUCCCCCUGCAAGGCUCGUGGAAAACUCGUUCUGCAUGGCAAGAAGCCGCGCCAUACUGUGCGCACCGGUCCUCCACGGGAGCCAUGUCGAUCUGCAAGCAGGUGUCCACCAGAUUGGGUGGAUUCCCAACGUCCGGACCAAACACUCAGGGAUGUUUGGAGAUACGGAUGCGCUAGGCAAUUGCCACCCGAAAUCAUUAUUUCCAAAACUUGCUGGGUCGGCAUGAGACUCGUCAUCCUAGGGGGGCAAUCGGGGAUGGAUGAUCGAUCCCAUGCGUAG